AUGCUAUUCACGUCACCAUUUAUAACAAUAUUUCUAAUAUAUCUAACAUACUUCAUUAAUCCUUGCAUAUCAACAUUUAUAAAAUCUCAUCCAUGUUCAACAAAACAAAAUCAGUCAAAAUUACAACCAUUUAUAAUAAACGUUGCAUUAGAUACACAUCAAAAGAAAUUAAAAUUUUUUAUAAAUUCACAAGUAGCAUUAUAUGAUGGAAUAAAUACUGAUAGGAAUCCAGCUAUUACUAAUUAUAAUUCUACAACCAAUAGAUCUACUUCACUACAAGUACAAAUAAAUUUUAUGGGUAAACAAUUUAUAAAUGAAACCAAAAAUUUUUGUGAUUUAGUGUCUGUUAAAAAUACAACAAGUUUUAGAAAUAGUCCAAGAUUUGUAAAGAAUAAUAAUAAUACCACGAAUAAUAAUGAUAAUGAUAGCGAUGAUCCUUUAAGUCCGAUGAAUAUUAUGUCAAAUUCUACUAGCAAUGAAACUUCAAAAGCUCAAAUAAGUAAUAUAAACUCAUUAAUAGAUCGUAUGAACCGAACUUCAUUAGGUUCAACUGAUAGUACCAUCACUGAAUUAUUUUCAAAUUCUACAGGAAAUUUGGUUCAGUGUCCAUUAUAUUAUAAUGAUUCAAUAAUGAUUUAUUACGAAGCUGAUGUUAGUGAACAUUAUCAUAGAUUAGGAUCCUAUCAAAUUGUAUUCAAAGUGCUAGAUAAUGAUAAAGAUUCAAAAUGUAUAGGGUGCUCAAAAACAUAUGUGACUCCAGUUCAACCAGCUUUUAUAAAUGAUGCUAUAACAAUAGGUAUUUUAGUGAUUAUGGCAGUUUCUACAAUUGUAAAUAUAUUUACUGUCUCAUUUUCAUCAUAUCAAGAAUCUACAAAUCCCUAUUUAUUUAGGGCAUCAACCAUAUGUAAUGAAAAGCUACUAAAUCAAAUUGAUGCAAGCGUUCCUGAUAUUAUAAUGUAUCUACAGUACGCAUUAUUCUUAGGUGGAUUAGAUUUAUUAUACCCCGGUUUUUAUCAACCAAUGUUGAGUCAAAUUAGUUGGUGUGCUUUAUUAAAUUUUUCAAUCAUUGGUAGUUCCAGUCCUUGGGAUGAUGAAGAUGAAGAUAAUGUUUAUGUCACUAUGGCAUCUGGUGGAUUAUCAAGUUUAACUUUAGUUGGAAAUAAUAAUCCAAUAGUAAAUAAUUGGCCAAAUUUCAUGGCUAUAUUGUUAAUCGUGAUUGUUAUUGUUAUUGUUGGCAAACAGUUAUUUAUUGGUGCAAAACUUUUAUUUGAUAAAUUUAUUGAAUUAACUUGUAAAAAAACUAUUAAAAAUCCUUCACCUUUUCAAUUUUGGUCAAAGAAAAAUGUCUAUUUAGUUGCUGGUCAAAUUUUACAAAUGUGGUUGGUUGUUUUUGGAAUGCCAUUUUUAAUAUUAAGUUCAUUUUUAUUUUUAUCUGCUAAUGAUAUAAAUGGAAAACAUCGAUCGUUAACUAAUUUUGGUAUGUUAAAGAAAGGGGUUUUUUCAUUUACAACUCCAUAUAAUGAAUUAAUAAUUCCUAAUAAAGUUUUCUCAUUUGGAUUAAGAGCUUCGUCACUUGAAGGAUUUCAUCAAGCACCAAUUCCGAAAUUUCCACUUAUUGAUGGUCCAGAUAAACCUAAAAAGACGGAUAAUGAUGAUAAUUGGUUAACUUCAGCACCACCACCAAAUUCUACUUUCAACAAUACCUUAUUACAUUCAAAUUUAACACUUGGCGGUACAAAAUUAAAAGGUCAUGAUUGUGAUUAUAUGAAUAUAUCAAAUGCAAGUGUUGCAUUAUCAUCUAUAUUAUUUUCAAUCUGGAUUUUAUUUAUUGCAUUUUUCAUUUUCCAUUAUUUACUUUCAUUUUAUAAAUCUAUGAGAAUUAAAACAUCUUCCAGAAUUAAUAAAUUAUAUACAAACUUAAAAACUAUAUUGUUAUGGUCAUUUUUGUACUAUGAAUAUAAACCACAAAGAGUUAAAUGUGUUAUUAUUAAUUUAGCUAUAUUAUUUUCAAAUUCAAUGGUUGUUGGUUUAUUACAAAGUCAUGGAUUAGUUCAAGUUAUAUUGUUGAUUAUAAUUGCAGUGAUUGAUUUAUUUCAAAUAUUUGUACUAAGACCUUAUUUUGCUCCCUUAAAAAUUUGGUCAAUUAAAUCCAUGUUCCCAGUUGCAAGAUUUUUAUGUGCUAUGUUAUGUAUUGGAUUUGUUAGAGAGAUAAAUGCAGACGAAGCAGUAAGAACUAUUAUUGCUUACAUUCAUUUAUUAAUUCACGCUAUUGUUUCAUUUAUAUUCGUUUUCCAAUUAAUAUUUUGGUUUUCUAAAACUUGUGUCACCAUUUAUAAAUCUCACAAAACCAAACAAGAAGAUAAACUAUUACAACAACUAAGUAAUAUUGAUUCAAUUGAUGAGUUUGAAAGACAAUUUGAAUAUAAAGCAAUAACUAGUUUUGCAAACAAGAGAGCCACCAAUAAUUUAAGAAAUGAAACAACUGAUUCAGAUGUUUAUUCAAUGGAUGGAGUUGACGAAGAAUUUUUAUUUAGAGGUGGAGUUCAGGCAGCAGACAACCUAAAUUCAGAUGAUAUUAUAUCAAUUGCAGAAUCUCAAACUUCAUUUUUGAGACAACAACAUGAAUCAAAUUUAAGAAAAUUAAAGAAUGAUUACAAGGUAAGAGAAGCUGAUCAAAUUUAUGAAAAAUAUUUCGUUGAUGAUAAAAUUGAUCCAGAAGUUAAAGAACUUUGGGAAAGUAGGAAAAAAACAGGGAUAAAUAAUGGAAUAGGAAAUAGUAAAUUUGAUGAUGCACCAUCAGCAUGUGCUACCACCACAGCAACAACAGCAAGUCCAAUAUUUUUAUCAAAAUUGAAAAAAGUAGCAAAUCGUGGGACCACCAAAUCACCAAAAGAAUCAUCAUUUCACGUUUCUAGACCACGUCAAUUAGUAGUUAAAUCAUUGCAACAAAUACAACAAGAACAGCUCGAAAAGCAGCAAAAAUUAAAUGAGAGAUUACAAAAACAACAAGAACUCGAAAAUCAACAACCUCAAGGAAUUUUCAUUGUUAAUAAUGAUGAUCAACAUUAUUCUGAUGAUGAAAAAUAUUCAUCUUUAUCAAAUUCAAUUUUUGAAAGUACUUCUUCAUCGCAAGAAACUACACUAGAAAAAGAAUCAAAUUAG